AGAAGGAGUAAAGUGUACUACCAUCGUCUUUGCGUGGCCCCUCCACGAGGAGCGGUAACCUUCAUAUCCCGGCUCGAUACACGUGCAAAGCAGUACUGCGUGUGCCUGUAUUUUUUACGUUUUAAUUAUUUUUGCUGACGUACCAAGCUCUGAGCAACACCUCUCUCCUCCCUCCAUAUCUUCCGCACAAUGGGUCGCUUAGAAAUUCGCGUGUGCGCCGCGCGCAACAUCGCAAACCUGCAGAAGGUCGGCAAGCCUGACCCCUACGUGAAGGUGAAGAUGGGUGAUAAUAAGAAGACGCAAAUGAAGUACAAGACGCGCGUCAUCGAGAACAACCUCAACCCGGUGUGGAACGAGCUCUUCAAGUUUCAGGUGGCUGACUACGACUCCACGCAGGUGCUGUUCGAGGUGUGGAAUGACAACGUCCUGGUCGAUGACUUGCUGGGCAGCUACAGCCUCUCCAUUGACGGGCUCACACGCGGGGUGGUGCGUGAUAUGUGGGCCAUUCUGACCGGCACCAAAGGCUCCUCGUCGGAGCUGCACCUGCGCAUCCUGGCCGUCGACUUUGGCCGCGAUCCGGCCCCUACAGAUGUGCUGGUCUCGUCGCUGGAGCAGGACAACCUGCCGCCGCCGACGAACCAGAGCUACCGCCCACCGAAGAACUACACCCCUGCCCCAUCGGUGGUCGUCCAACAGAGUUACCCCGCGGCCUUUCCGGGGCCGCCGCAGCCGGUGAUGUACGGCCAGCCGCAGUACGGCGGCGCUCCCCCCGCGCCUUUCAUGCCCGUCUACUCCGCACCGCCCCCUCGACCACCGGUGAUGUACAGCGCACCGCCACCACCGCCACCGCAGCAGCAACCCUACGGCUACGGCGCCCCACCGCCACCGCAGCCGAUGUUCGGUGCGCCGCCGCCGCCGCAGCGACCGCCGUACAUGGGUGGAGGUCCGCCCCCGCAGAUGUACGGUCCGCCUCCGCCGCCGAUGCAGCAGCCCGGUGUGCAGAUGGCGUACGGCGUGCCACCGGACAUGUGA